AUGUCUCGCGAGGUGCAGCCUCAGGCCGUGAAGGAGGUCCCCGCCGAGGACUUCAUCAAGGCGUACGCCGCUCACUUGAAGAGCACAGACAAGCUGCAGAUCCCUGACUGGGUCGAUGUGGUGAAGACCGCCUGCUUCAAGGAGCUGCCGCCCUUGGACCGGGACUGGUACUACAUCCGCGCUGCCGCCAUCGCGCGCCAGAUCUACGUGCGCCAGGGCCUCGGCGUGGGCCAGCUGCGCAUCAAGUUUGGCGGCCGCAACAAGACCCGCGGCGUGAAGCCCGAGCACUUCAAGAAGGCCAGCGGUGGCCUCAUCCGCCACAUCAUCAAGCAGCUGGAGACCGUGGGCUUCAUGGAGAAGCACACCGGCGCCAAGGGCGGCCGCCGCAUCACCCCUGCGGGCCAGAAGGACAUGGACCUGAUUGCCGGCCGCGUGACUGUGCGGAUGCCCACCCUGGGCUUCGCCGUCGCCGCCGCCCCCGUUGCCGCCGAGUAG